GUUGCGACGGAGCUACGAUGGAUGCCAGCCGGAGAGGUCCUCGCAGUGGAGAGUCUUCUACUUGGGAAGGCAAAGAACAUCCACACGCGGGUCUACAACCUGGCCCAAGCUGUGGCAUUGGCAUCUGACUGGCAGGUAAACCCUGCAGCCACGGGCGCUCUCCGGCCAUUUCGGUGCAUCGCACAGGAGCGAAAGGUGGCGAUGAAGGUGGACGGCGCUCCAGAGGGAUCCGAAGGCCGACAUUUCGUCGAGCCGACUGCCUUGCGCUUGGUUCUGCUUGCGGACGGCCAGCCCCCAACCCGGCCCGAUGGCAGUGCUGGCGUGCGGCGUGCGCAGAGUACGGACGGCUGA